UUCAAACGCGGAAACGAGAAUUGUCGGUUGAGCAAACAACAGUGGCUGACCUAAAAUUUCCAAGUGUGACCAUUUGUCCCGAAUUUUCCUCGCCACCCUCAACUUGGUCGCAGGAGCAGAUUAAUGUGGGAUCCAAACUGGAACAUUGGAUCGACAGAUACAUCGAAUCAGGCGACGAAUCAAUUGAAGGGGCUCUUACAUUUCAAACCAUGAUUGACCUUAUGCCUCGCACACACUUUGUGAUGGACGUUAAGGAUCCAUUUUUUGGCAAUGGUGCGAUUGAUAUGAGGGAUCCAAACAACUUUCAACCUCAGGAAUACAACAAGAUUUGGACUUCAUACAUCACACCGAGCAAACAAUUUUCUUGGCUAACCAUAACACAAUGUCUCACUUACACCUCUCCAAAUUUCACCGAACCUGGGCAUAAGCUCCAAUUUAUCCUUCAAGGGGAUAAAACGUCAUGGUUCCAAGUUUUUCUUCAUGAAAGGGAAUCGUUUUUCCCUUCAAACAACAAAUUGUAUGGAUCUGAAUUAUUUCCGAUUCAAGUCGAGAGUGAUCGUUCCGUGGAGUAUGACUUAGUAGCGAGGCGACGAAUUGCCAUGAAUGCGGAUCCCGUUCCCUGUCAUGAGAUCGAGCCCUAUCCCUUGUUCCACGAGUGUCUCGACGAUUAUGUGGAACGGACCAUAGGAUGCGCCCUCCCUUGGCGCAAUGGUUCCAAUCCCAAAUUUGCCAUUUGCCAAACUUCCGGUCAGUUUCUCGAAUAUUGGACCAUGGUGGAUCACUUAAUUGAUUGGGGAGAAUCUUAUUUGUACCAAAUUACUGGAUGCUAUACCAAAUGUCGAAGACACUACUUGAAAGUAUCCAAGCACAAUACGAUUAAGGCCGGAAAUGACGGCAAGAACGCAGUUUCUUUCAUAACCUUCGUAUAUAAAGAGCCAGAAUUGUCCAUUGAAACUGAGAAUCUCGCCUAUGACAGCCUUGAUCUGAUUGGAGAUAUUGGAGGAUAUUUGGGUCUUCUGUUGGGAGUGUCAAUCUUAACGGUUUGGGAUUUAUGUCACAACUUAGGCCUGGUCCUUGUGAAGAAGAAAAACAAUACAACUUGGACAAUCUAACGAGAACUUACUUGAGUAAUUUUUCAUUCUCCCUCUCAAGUUUUCUCAUGUCAUUGGAGGAUAAAGAGGAAUGCAUGCAACAAGUGGAGUUGCAAGUGGGAUGUUGUAUUAAUAGUUCUAUAACAAUCUGCAACAAUUAUCGGCGAUGGUAAAUGUGAUCCCUUUAGUGUUUGUUGAAUGACAUGACCUAUCUAUCUUUACAUUGAUAAA